UUAGCAGAGCGAUCAUUCGCCUCAGGGACUGGGCUUAGGUGCAAGAUGGCCGCCGCGCGCUCGGACCCCCCGAUUCCGAGCUCACCGACCCGGGAGUCGCAAUUCCCGGAGCAGCCGGACCUGGUCCUGAUACCUGAUGGUGGCCGCUCUGCCACACCCUCAAGUGACCUCAUCGAGAUCCAGGUGGUAAAAGUCACAGAUAGCACAUCGGUCCCUGAGCCCCCAGAGCCCGGACUUUUUCAUUGUGCCCUGUGUCCUGCUGCCUUCCACCUGGUCUCGGAGCUGCUGUUUCACGAACAUGGCCACCUGGCAGGCAUGGAGGGGCGUGGGCAGGGCGGGCACCCUAGCCGUUGUCACGUGUGUGGCCACAGCUGUCCAGGUCCUGCUAGCCUUCGUGCCCAUUAUAGCUUGCACACUGGAGAGCGGCCUUACCGCUGCCCACUCUGCCCACUGGCUUUUAAGGCCUUGGCACCUCUGCUCCGGCACCAGCACCGACAUGGGGUGGAGCCAGGCACUUCUGGAAGGCUUCCACCUGCAGCAUCAACUGGACAGCCGAACCCAAGGGUGGCCCAGGAGAGGUCAAAGGUGGUGGUGGCUGCAGCGGCUGCAGGGGCUGUGGUGGGCAAGCCUUUCGCCUGCAGGUUCUGUUCCAAGCCCUUCCGCCGCUCCUCAGACAUGCGAGACCAUGAGCGGGUGCACACAGGGGAGCGGCCCUACCACUGCGGCAUCUGUGGCAAGGGAUUCACGCAGUCCUCCGUGCUGAGCGGUCAUUCCCGCAUCCACACUGGCGAGCGCCCCUUCCGCUGCACGCUCUGCGAUCGCACUUUUAAUAACUCCUCCAACUUCCGAAAGCAUCAGCGCACCCACUUCCAUGGGCCAGGGCCUGGGGUGGGAGGAUCUGUAGGCCAACUGAGAUCAUCUUCGGUGGCCCAAGAAUCAGGGAGUAAGUGUGGGACAGAGAACACUAAGGAGAUUGUGAGGGUGAAUGUGACGGUUGACCAGUAG